AUGCUCCGAGGUAAGAACCUGGCAAGAGCCAUGAGUAUGACUUCAUUCACUGCGCUUAACGCCCACUUUAGCCGAGAGAGUUACUUGCACAGCACUGUGUCAGCAACACAAGAAGAUUUCAUCCUUCUGGGUGAGGUCGGCCAACUCCCCGACCGUGACCAAUUCCCCCAUCUGGCACGUUGGGCAAAGCACAUCGGCAACCUGGCAAAACUUUUUCCAUACCGACGCUGGCCGGCAGCUGUCGAUGUGUGCGGCAGUGAGGAAGAUCUGGGCGCCGUCAAAGUUGGCCCGGUUUCCGUUGACGAUUCCGAGGAAAGCCCGGUGCCACCACCCAAGCCGGACCCAAUACCAGCGCCAACGCCUCUGAAAGAACCUGAAGGAGACCAGCCAUUCAAACAGGUCCCUUUGAUGAAGCCAUCUUUGACUGAGGGCGGCGUCGACACUUGCAUUGAAACCGUUGCAAAGCGAAAGUUCAAAAGAGAGUGGCAGGAACUGAGCCGCGAUAGCAAGGCUGAACUUGCCCAACGAAUGGCCGGACACCUGAUGGAGAGACCUUUGCAGCACGCGCCUGACGCGGCCAACCUGCCGUGAACAGAUCUACAUUCAAGGCGUUGACGAACGGCAGGUGAUGAUACGUGAUAUGUUGGCUGAAAUCUGUAGGUUAUUUAUUAUAGUCUUCUCAUCCCGGUUUGCCUUUGUUGCCAUGAAGGCUGCCGAUUUUGUAGACCUUUCCCCAGCGCUGGGGAAUGCUGAAAAAGAUUUGAAGAAGAGACCCAAUGCUGAAAAAGUGCAGC